ACACACACACACACACACACACACACACACAGCUGUUCGGAACCAUGACAGAAGAUGACGGAUACAGUUGUCGCGGAGGGACAAGUCAAGUUUCGAGAUGGAAAAAAGUGGAAGACUCGGUGGGUCGUUCUUCGGAAGCCCUCUCCGGUCGCAGACUGCCUGUCUCUGCUGGUGUUUAAGGAGAGGAAGAAAGGGAAGGAGAAGGGCAACUGCCACAAGGAGAGACUCAGUGUGACACUGGAGGGGAUCUGUGGCGUGGAGCCAGGGCCCGGGUAUGACGGGGUAUGCUACACCCUCUCCAUCCUCUGUUUGGCACACACGCUGGUCCUGGGCUUCUCCAGCCGAGAUGCCUUGCUGGCCUGGGAUGCCCGCGUCCGCUACAGCCUGGGAGAAGUCCACAGGUUCAGUGUCAAUGUCGAACCAGGUACCAAACUGGAAAGUGGCCCCGCCUCCCUCCACCUGUGCAACAACCUGCUGGUCCUUACCAGAGGCGUCCCCCCUAUCGUCUUUGGCCACUGGAAGUUGUCGGCGUUGCGUCGAUAUGGUGCGGUGACAAAUGGCUUCGUGUUCGAAGGGGGGACUCGCUGUGGAUACUGGCUGUCUGUCUCUCUCCACAUCCAUAUUCCAGGGGCUGGUGUUUUCUUCUUGUCCUGUUCAGAAGGAGAGCAGAUCAGUUUCCUGUUUGACUGCUUUGUCAGGGGCAUCACCCCCAGCAGGGCGCCUCAUGGCCUGCGACCUGCCCUGCCAGCAGAUCCCAACGCUGACCCAGUGUUAGCAGAGGAACGGAUCAACCAGGAGGCAUCCGAGCUGGAGAAAAGACUCAGCAUGUUGUCUCACUGCAGCCUAGCGAGCAGCACAGCUUCCACCUACAGCUGCAGCACAUGUGUUGCUGGGGACGACCAAAGCAGCAUCUCCAGUUCCUCCUCCAGCCAAUCAGAUGCGAGCUAUGGAAGCAGACUUCCAUUUUGGGUGGAGCCGAUAGCUAGACCCCACCUCUCCAACGAGACAGUGUCAAACCCCUCUACUCUGAAGUCUUUGACCAGUUCAGAUGACCGGCUUUAUGCUGCUGUGAUGGGAAGCUCCGGGACACGUCCAUCCUCCGCCCAGCUCCAUCCUCGUGGUCUCCAUGACAGCGGGCGGCAGAGCUCAUUAGACAGUGGGAUUGGGAUAGCGACAGGCAGUCAGUCAUCUUACUCAGGGAGCUUCUCCUCAUACACGGGGAGUCUGGACACAACCAGCCAGGGAGGGGGGGAGGAGUUUGGUUCCUUGGCCAGCCUACCUGCUCCUCCUGCUCCUUCUUCAAUGCCUUCUCUUCCUCCCUCCACUCCUCCUUCUGCCUUUCAGUCCACAGUAAUCCCAGAGCACAGUUCUACUACCUCCUCCUCCCCUUGUGCCUGCAGGUCUAGCUCUUGUGCAUCUUGGAGGCACAGUGAGGAGUAUCAUAUCCCCAGUCUGCUCAGACUGCGUUAUGACACCCCCAGGAGUCUGCUCCAGACCCUGUCCCUGAGGGAGCCCUCUGCCCGAGAAGGCCCACCUGAGCUGGGCAGGGACAGCAGGAGUAGUGGAAUAGAUGGAGGGGAUAGUCAGAGACAAAGGUUGAGCAACAGCCCCACGGGACCCAGGGCUCAAUGUCGGGCCAUGAUGCAGCGCUCGCAUUCCUGGGGCAGUGAGAAAGCGCCCUCUGUGGACAGGGAGGGGACUUCCACACCCACAGCCCUGCUGGUGCCUGGAGAAUUGCUCAGUGGAGGGACGCAGUGCAAUCAUGGUUUGGACAACUACAUUCGUCCAGAGCAGUGGCGGUGGACGAGGAACAGAAGCUUUGCUCAGGUUUUGCCAUCAGGCCCGCCAUCUGCUGCAGACGCACAAGAUCUUCCUCUUUGUGUGAGGGAGGAACAUGAUGACAUUGGGGAUGUUGGUGACACUGUGGCAGGUCUGAAGAGGUCGGUGCCCUCUCUCCCACCCUCUGCCCCUCCACCUCUGCCUGUAGCAUUGAGCAUGCAUAGGCCAACAUCAGACUGUGGUAUGUUCCUACCUACCCAUGAAGCUUCUCCGUUUGUGUCCCCGGACAGUGGGCUCUAUAGUGACAGCAGUGUUACUUAUGUUAACAUCCCAAUUAGCCCCCUGCCAGCCAAAACUACCAGAGAGCUCCUCUACACAGAGCUGGACUUGCAGGAGCCCGGCUCAGCUUCAGUCUCCAAUCCGUACAGUGCUGUCAGAGGUAACACUUUGCAGCUCUGCAGACCCAAAGAGGGCUCCAUCAGGUACGCCCACCUCGACAUCACUGCCAUGGAAACAGCACAGAGAGUGGGGGCGGAGCAUGUUCAGGGCAGGGAGGACAGACUGACUCAGCUGGAGAGCAGGCGGCGAGGGCCACCAAACUGACUCUGCAACGCCCAAAUCGAUGACACUUAAAAGUUUUUUUCUGUUGUAUUGCUGUUUCUCUCUGAAUAAGCUAAAACGCUCAACUGCAGCUGAUCAUCAUACCAAUCACUGUUGUACUUAAACACACCCACAAUUGUGCCAGUGUACAGAAAUUCCCACCAACAAUCCAUUCCACUAAGAAUAAGAAGAAAACAGGAAAUGUCUGGGAAGUCUCUUAUGCAGCUGCCAUCUUGGAUGCAUUUUGUGUUCGGUUAGUGUUGUAAUUUCUCAUACUUGUACUUAAAUCAGCGCGGUCCUGCAUUUCUCUUGGCUGCAUGGCACUUAUGUCUGCUGAGGUCUGCCUCUUUUUAGAUUAUUUUCAGGAUGAUUAUUGCAUUGGUAUAAAUUACCUUAAUUAUGAGGGAAUGGCAACAAAACGAAUAUUAUAAAUGGGAUUUAUAGAUAGAUAGUUAUAGAUUUCGUACUGUUUGGGCGUGACUCCAUUUGUUGUUACCUCUCUAACCAAGAGGUCACAAACUUAUCUAAAUUUAAAUAAUGUAUCACAGGGUUGAAGCAGAAUAUGAUAACACAAUGAGAUCACGUCCCCCUCAUCGGACUGACCCCUUACAAUCAACAGUUAAAGAGUCCCAGCUUGCUUGGCUAUCAUUCCGCAUCAGAGCUUAAAAGCAUUUGAUUGAAAUAAACAGCUUAGAGUUAUACCUUGGGUGCAAAUUACAUUAAUCCGGGCCCAUGUGACCCAUGCAGGACAGGACUGAGUAGUCAGCCAGCCAGUGACAUCAUUCAUCACAGUAAUCAAUGUCUCUGCUUCUGCUCUGUGAAAUGGCUGGAAUUGACGAAUGGAAACUGUUCCAAUUUCUCACCUCCCUCUUGAUAUCAUAAGGACAAAUUGUCCAGUAUUUGAUGCCAAUUUAUUUUUAUGGUGGCGGUUCCCCACCGGUGUGUUAGAAAGACCUGACCUUUUACCUAGAAUAGCCUGUUAAUGUCACUACAGGGACUGCUUUCCUCUACAGGGCUUGUAAAUAGUAACUGCUUUUAUUUAUGCCAAGACAAUAUGAUAUUAAACUAUAUUUUUAAAAUAUUACUGUUUGUAUGUUGUUGGCAACAUUGAAUAUUAAAGAUUGCUGUUACAUUUUCAUGUUUCAGUGCUUCUUACCUAAA